CCCACGCAGUGUUAGUGCAUCAUGGCAGGUGACAGGAGUCCAAUUCGUGAUAGAUCUCGUCGACGAGAAAUUCGAGACCAUCCUGAUCACAAUCGUCGUGAUAGAAAUCGGGAUAGAUUCGAGGACAAAUCGCGUAACGAUCGAUCAAAAAAACGAGAUCGUUCUCGCAGUAGAUCGCGUAAUAGGGACGACGAUAACAGACCGAGAAAACCAAAACAUGACAACAGAGAACAUAACCACAGAGCAAGAGACAGAGAGGAUCAUUCUAGAAGAUUUAAUUUCAAUAAUUUAAAAGUAAAGAAAGAACCAUCACCGGAAUGGGGUAAACGUGUGCCCAAGGAGGAGAAGGAUCACAAAAAUCCUUCUGAAAAGGAGAAACCGAAUUUUGGGUUGUCGGGCAAGUUGACCGAGGAUAGAAACGCUAUAAAUGGCGUUGUUAUCAAGUACUCGGAGCCAGGCGAUGCCAGGAAGCCGAAGAGACGGUGGCGAUUGUAUCCAUACAAAGGAGAAAAGGAGUUGCCCAUCAUUCACAUUCACAGGCAAUCUGCUUAUUUGAUGGGGAGGGAUAGGACUGUGGCAGACAUACCUCUGGAUCAUCCCUCGUGUUCUAAGCAGCAUGCUGCACUGCAGUUCAGGCUGGUGCCUUUCAAAAGGGAGGAUGGCUCCAUGGGAAAGUGUGUCAAGCCUUAUCUGAUCGAUCUGGAGUCGGCCAAUGGUACUCUAGUCAAUGAUGUCAAGCUGGAGGCGAGGAGGUACCAUGAGUUGUUUGAAAGGGAUGUCCUCAAGUUUGGCUUCAGCUCCAGGGAGUAUGUUCUCCUGCAUGAGAACAGCAAGGAUGAUGCUAUGGAUGAUGAUUUCAUAGCUUCUAAUGAAACUUAGGACAGUGUGACGAGGCAUAACAGUGAAGUGGAACGUAUGAACUGAAUGUUAAUUUUAUAAAUUGUUGAAACAUGUGAUCCAACUUCAGUACUAGUUAGCACCUGAGGUAUUUUAUCUGUUGAUAUUGCCGCUACUUGUGUAAAAUAUAGGUAAAUUUUCUUUAUCAAUUAUGAAUAUUGUAGUCGGAUAGAAUAAGACGAUAAGAGGAACAUUUCUAGUAGGAAAACAAUUGUAUAAAUAGAAAAGUAAAUUUCCAAAUUGACCUUUUAUAGCGAAAAAAUCUGAGUAUUUAUGAUGAAGGAUGAAUGAGUUUAUGCAUUAAUAACUGUAUUUUACGAUUAUCAAUAGCUGAUAUCAAAGAAUUUAUCUAAAAAUAAAGAAGAAUGACGUGAUUAA